AUGAUUGCUUCCUACUCCCUCAAAGAUUUAAUGAGGGUUAAAUUAAGUUCCAAGGUCCUCAAUCAAGUCGCUAAUGAACCUUCUGUAUAUCAGAAGGUAACAUUGGUCAGCAUUCCUGAAUUUAUAUGGUCGUGUUCAGUUGUUCGAAAAUGCACUUCUUUCCUGGAAAUGUGCAGAGCAUUGAGAAGUUUAGAAGCCUUAUACAGAAAAUGCAUGUAUGAUUUUUUCAACCAUAGCAAUUCAAAUGGAUUGAGAAUGAUUAAUCAAGAAGCAGACGGUGACCACAUUGGUGCAUCCUAUGUGCUUGACAUAAUUUCAAUCUUCAAUGACGGUGGUCUUAUGACAGAGUGCAUGGGUAGCUCUGAUCCACCACCUUUCAAGAAAGAACGGUGA